AAGCAAAUGAAUCGUAUAUAAAGCACUUUAAAAACCCUAAUUCAACUUCUCAGCUGGCCAUUCGCUUCUGCUUCCUGGACGCCGAAGAGCUUCUCUUCUCCUCUCUUCCUCAUCAUUCUCUGCGCGUCCAAAAUGUCUCUGGUGGCGAACGAGGAUUUCCAGCACAUUUUGCGUGUGCUGAACACAAAUGUAGAUGGGAAACAGAAGAUUAUGUUUGCACUUACCUCAAUUAAGGGUAUUGGAAGGCGAUUUGCUAACAUCGUCUGCAAGAAGGCUGAUGUUGACAUGAACAAGAGGGCUGGUGAACUGACUGCUGCUGAGCUGGACAAUCUCAUGGUCAUUGUUGCAAAUCCCCGCCAGUUUAAAAUCCCAGACUGGUUUUUGAAUAGACAAAAGGAUUACAAGGAUGGAAAGUAUUCUCAGGUGGUAUCAAAUGCACUGGACAUGAAGUUGAGAGAUGAUUUGGAACGUCUGAAGAAGAUCAGGAACCAUCGUGGUCUGAGGCACUACUGGGGCCUCCGUGUCCGUGGGCAGCACACCAAGACAACUGGUCGCCGUGGAAAGACUGUUGGUGUCUCCAAAAAGCGUUGAGCUUCUCCAUAUUGUUGUUUUGAACAAUUAUAUAUAUGGUCAGUCAAGAGUUUGGUCUGUGUUUCAGGGAAUGUUUGCUUCAGACAGUGUUAGAUUUGAUUUUCUCACUUCGGAUGAGUUUUUAAUCAUGUGAACUGUUUUGCCUUUAUUCAUCAUUCUCAAUCGUUACAUUUUUGCUGCUCA